AGUGGGUUCUAUGAUUAUGUGUACAAGAACCCAUUUCAGGGGAUAUUUUACAAGAAUAGCCAAUUCUACUGCUGAUUUGCUCGAAUCUCCAGUUAUAAAAACGCAAAUUAAUCCAUCAUUACAAUCGAAGAAGUUUCCAGAUGUGUUAGAAUGUAAUUUCCAGAUAAAAGAAUUAGUGAAAACUGGUCGUUUGGAAGAUGCACGCAAACUGUUCGACGAAAUGCCGCAAAGAGAUGUGGUUUCUUGGACCAAUGUGAUAUCUGGGUAUGUCAAUGCUUCGAACUAUGACGAGGGUUUGAUUUUUUUUUCCAGAAUGUGGGUUGACCCGUGUAUUAGAAUGGACCCCUUUGUACUUACUUUAGCUCUGAAAGCUUGUGGACUUAAUAAUAGUUUAACUAAUGGGAGAUUGUUGCAUGGGGUUUGUGUUAAGAAUGGUCUUGUUAAUUCUGUGUUUGUGGGGAGUUCACUUCUGGACAUGUAUGCUAAGUCUGGCUAUAUUUCAGAGAGUUGUCGGGUUUUUGAUGAGAUGCCGGAGAAGAAUGUGGUUUCAUGGACUGCUAUUAUUACAGGACUGGUUAAGGCUGGUUAUUGUAAGGAGGGGUUGCUGUAUUUUUCUGAAAUGUGGCGCUCCGGUUUACACUGUGAUGCAUAUAGUUUUGCCAUUGCAUUGAAGGCUUGUGCUGAUAUAUGUGAUCUGGAACAUGGCAAGGAACUCCAUACACAGGCAUUAAAGAAGGGUUUUGAUUUAGGCUCUUAUGUGGUGAAUACUCUUGCUACAAUGUACAAUAAAUGUGGGAAGUUGGAUUAUGGUAUGUGCUUGUUUGAAAGAAUGAGUAUCCCUGAUGUGGUUGGAUGGACCUCACUCAUUACUUCCUAUGUUCAGAUGGGUAAAGAAGAGGUUGCUGUUCAGCAGUUUAAGCGAUUGAGAGAUUCCGAGGUGAGGCCUAAUGAAUACACAUUUGCUGCAGUUAUUACUGCUUGUGCCCAUCUUGGUAGAAUUAUCUGGGGUGAACAAUUACAUGCUCAUGUCAUGAGAGCUGGUUCCUUGGAUGCUCUAUCGGUUGCAAAUUCAGUCAUGACAUUGUAUUCAAGAUGUGGGCAGUUAAAAUCAGCAUCUUUGGUUUUUGAAUCUAUGACUAGCAAAGAUAUUGUUUCAUGGAGCAGCAUAAUUACAGGAUAUUCUCAAGCUGGAUAUGGCAAGGAAGCGUUUGAUUAUUUCUCAUGGAUGAGGAGGGAAGGGCCAAAACCUACAGAAUUUGCUUUUGCUAGUAUGCUGAGCGUCUCUGGUAGUAUGGCAAUACUUGAGCAAGGUAGACAAGUACAUGCUCAUAUAUUGAAAGUUGGAUUAAAACAUACAUCUUUGAUACAAAGUGCGCUGAUUACUAUGUAUUCCAAAUGUGGAAGCAUAAAGGAUGCCUCAGAGAUAUACAAUGGAACGAGCAAGGAUGAUGUUGUGUCGUGGACUUCCAUGGUAAAUGGAUUUGCUGAACAUGGUGACAGUCUAGAAGCUUUAGAUUUUUUCGAUAAAAUGCUGCAAGCUGGUUUGAGGCCAGAUGCUGUGACAUAUAUUGGAGUUCUUUCUGCUUGUAGCCAUGCAGGACUUGUAGAUCUGGGUUAUUCCUAUUUUAAUUCUAUGAGACAGAAGUUUCAGAUUAGUCCCUCUAAAGAACAUUAUGGCUGCAUGGUUGACCUCUUAUGCAGAGCUGGAAGGCUAACAGAAGCUGAGAACAUGAUCAAUACCAUGUCAUAUGAAGUAGAUGAUGUUAUCUGGUCAACCUUUCUGAGAGCAUGUAAAAUUCAUGGUGAUGUUGAGCGUGCCAGACAUGCUGCCGAAAAGAUUCUUGAGCACAAUCCCAAUUGCGCUGGGACACUUACUACCUUAGCUAACAUUUACUCUGCAAAGGGAAGGUGGAGAGAGGCAGCGGAUAUCAGAAAGUUGAUGAGAUCUAAAGGGGUAGUAAAAGAUGCUGGAUCAUCAUGGAUUAAGGUUAAAGACGAGGUUUCAACAUUUGUUUCUGGGGAUAAAUCACAUCCAGAUGGUGAUUAUAUUUACAAUGUCCUGGAUUUGCUGAUAUCUGGUGUAGAUGUGCUUGAACAGGAGGAUGAUUCCCUUCUGCAAGCCACAUAA